AUGUACAGCGUAUGCAAGGUCGUUGGUGAAGCCAAUGCCAUUCUCAAGAUGGUCCCGCAGGACUGGCGAAAUGGCGUGUCGCACUACGAGCUUGCCGUGCUUUUUCAGGCCGUGGUGCAUGUAUGUGACAGUAUCAAGUAUGCAGGUAUUCGGUGCGCAGUCGGUAUCGUGACGGUACUAAGGCACCUGGCAGGAGAGAGGCUUCUCCGCAGGUAUCUGGGAGGCCAGACACCGAGCUUCCAGAGACCAGAAGAAGCCGCGAACAGCAAAGCACAUCAACUUCAGAUGGGGGCGGAUCCAGAGAGCCUGUUGCUAAAGGCUGGCCGCUUUGAGGUGGACCGUUUGCCAUUCAUGCGCGAGGCUGCCGAGCUGCUCAAGCGAAGACCAACUCGCUGCCCUGCUGGCCCUGAGAGCUUCCUGGACUCCGUGGACACAGGGAAGGACCAGCCCAGCGAUCUGGACUGGGAGUUGCAUGCUUUCGCGGAAGUUGACCUGUACACAUUCCAAGAGCUCUCCAACAACUGCAAGGAGCUGCAGCUGUCCCGGAAGAAGAAAGAGGAGGAGGAGCGGAAGCAGGACGCAGGGCCGGGCAUCCUCGAUUAUCUCUUCGGAGCCCGGAAGCGCGUGCCAGACGACAGCAAAGAGUUGGUCCACACGGCGCCAGCUCGACUCUUCGACUGGUUGACUGGACAGCUGCGUCCGGAGAAGGACCCGGACGCUGGAGCAACAGCUGCUGCAGAAAAGCUCAAGGCCAAUGUCAAGAAGGUCCGCGAAAAGCGUGAGGCCAGCGAGCCGCUAAAGUGCCGCAGGGCUUCGAUGGCACCUCGGGGGACUCUGGUCCCAGAAGCAGGCGGAGGCUACUUGGAGGUGCCGAAGUCCAUGACGAAACGGUCGUCCUCGUCGUCGACUUCGUCGAAUCGCCGCGCCACGGCGGCGAAAGAUGCGUCUCCCAAAGGUGAGGUCUGGCCCGCAGCGGAGGACCUCCUGGAGAAGUUCAGUUCGCCCAAGGACGACAUUCGUGUGGAUGUGGCUCGACUGGAGGCGCCAAUCCGACGAGCCAGCAAGUCUGGGAUCGAAGUGGUGCAGCGGGAGCCUUCGCCGGGGCGGAGCCCCGCGAGCCCGAGCGGGCCCAGCACCCCGCAGGAAGAUGACCGCCUCACUGUGGAAAUCCUCGUGAAGGAGCUCUUCAACGAGGACAAGCUGGGUGUUCGCCUGCGCAUGGAAGGGCUGGUGGUCAGCAACUUCGACGUGCCCGAGGCAGCAGAUGUGGGAUGGCAUUUUGGUGAUGAGAUCGUGGCCGUGAACGGCCGCAGUGUCAGCACCCGGGAGGAGUUUCGCACGGUGCUGGCCAAUGCACGGAAGCAACUGCCCAUCGUGUUCACCGUGAAGCGGCAGCGCCCCAGCCUGGGGAGAGCUCGGAGGACGGUGGCCGGGGCGCGUCCGCACUCGGAGGCAACAAGCCUGGGACCACGAGAUCGGAUGGCGAAACGAAAAGCUCGUGCAAGCACGAGCGUGCCCUACCGGGUAAAGGACACGGAGUAA